AUGCAUGGCCCUUUCCAAUUUGAUAUUCAUCAACCCCCUCUGGAAAUAUGGGUUACCUUUAGUUUCCAAGUUGAUCACUGUGCCACUGUGGUGUGGCAUGAGCUAUGUUUUAAGUCUAGUCUCGGUACAAUGUCUAUCUUGUGUGGUGUGCCUCUUGUUGAGUGUGUCUACUGUCUGGCUUGUGCUCGUUGGGCUUGGAAAAGAUGUAUUUACACUGCAGGCCAUGAAAGUGAAACUUGGGGCCUUGCCACAGUAGAAGAAUUUGAGCCUGUUCCUCGCCUUUGUCGCUAUAUUUUAGCCGUGUAUGAAGAUAAUGUUCGGAACCCACUUUUUGCACCUCCUGGUGGCUAUGGAAUUAAUCCUGAUUGGUUAAUUCUCAAAAAGACAUAUGAAGAUACGCAAGGAAGGGCCCCACCCUAUAUAUUGUAUCUUGAUCAUGAUCAUGCUGAUAUAGUUCUUGCUAUUAGGGGACUGAAUUUGGCUAAGGAGAGUGACUAUGCAGUGCUGUUGGAUAAUAGCUUGGGGAAGAGGAAGUUUGACGGGGGAUACGUUCACAACGGGCUGUUGAAGGCUGCUGGAUGGGUUAUGGAUGCUGAAUGUGAACUUCUAAACGAAGUCGUAGAGAAAUAUCCAAACUAUUCUCUGACUUUUACUGGACAUUCCCUUGGAUCAGGAGUGGCAGCAAUGUUGAGCAUGGUAGUGGUGCAAAAUCAGGAUAAGCUUGGACAUGUUGAGAGGAAGAGAGUCAGGUGCUAUGCUAUUGCACCUGCCAGGUGUAUGUCGCUGAAUUUGGCAGUAAGAUAUGCAGAUGUCAUAAACUCUGUGGUGCUUCAGGAUGACUUCUUACCAAGGACAGCCACUCCAUUGGAAGAUAUAUUCGAGUCUCUUUUCUGUUUGCCUUGCCUAUUGUGCUUGAGGUGCAUGAAGGAUACAUGUAUACCAGAGGAGAAGAUGCGGAAAGAUCCAAGGAGACUCUAUGCUCCCGGUCGCCUAUAUCACAUCGUUGAGAGAAAACCUUUCAGAAUGGGAAGGUUUCCCCCAGUUGUGAGGACAGCAGUCCCAGUAGAUGGAAGGUUUGAACAUAUAGUCCUUUCUUGCAAUGCUACAUCUGAUCAUGCCAUUGUUUGGAUAGAGAAAGAAGCCCGAAGGGCUUUAGAUUUGAUGAAGGAGAAUGAUAACACAAUGGAAAUACCAGCGCGUCAAAUCAUGCAGCGGCAAGAAACAUUGACUAGACACAGUGAAGAACACAAAGCAGCAUUAAGAAGGGCUACAAUAUUAGAUGUUCCGCAUGCUUACCCACUCCCAUCAGAAUAUGGAACUUUCAAUGAGGAGAGUACAAGAAGGUCACACUCACGUCCUGAAUCUUCUUUUGGUUCAACUAAUAAGAUUACAGUGGAUGAAACUUGGGAUGAAAUGAUUGAGCAUCUUUUUGAUAAGAAUGAGCAUGGUCACAUUGUGCUCAAGAAAUAA